AUUUGUGAAAUUCUUGAAAUUUUGUUGAAUUUCAUUACAACUGAAUAUAAUAUGAUUUUUAUCUGUUACAACAUGAAAUUUUAGUAAUUUAAUCCUGUGGAGAUUAGUGUGUGAAAAAGAUAAGAUUGAUGUUUGGUACAAUUUUUCGUGAUUAUGUAACAAGUUAACAAACAAUUUAUUUGGUUGCACUAUAUUUAUUUAUUUACUAUUUUUAUUUAUUAUUUUUUCUUUGCUUUGAUUUUUAAAACGUUUAUGUAAAAAAUGCUAUUAAUUUAGAAAUCUUACGAUCUAGAAGACAGAUUCAAUAUAAAUUUAAUUCUUAUCACACAUUGGUGUACAUUUCCUAUUUGAUUACCACUUGUGGUUACUUAUGGGGGAAGUCUGAUAAAAGUACCACAUCCUGAAUCACUCUGAUAGAAUAAUUAUGAAUGUAUUUUAUUAAGAGUAAUAAACGGUUCGUAUUCUAUAUAACACAUUGUGCUGUAACGCAAUUGCUUAAUAAUACAGUUGCGUUGAUCGGGAGAAGCAAGGUGUAUUAUUACAAAUUUGUGUGCGACAAUUAUUAUAUUUUUCUCUGAGCAUAAUACGAAUACGAUUCAAGAAGAGUACACAGUUUACACAUAAAAGAAAAAACAAGUGGAAUCAACGGAAUCCACGAAGAAUGACCACCAAACUUGCGAUCAAGCACAAAGACUCCCUUGCCUUGAAAGAGAACAAACCGUUCGGAAAAGAUUGCGUGACCCGCAAGCAAUCCAAGAGAUGGGAGUUGUUACUUCCUUGGAUUACCUUCAGCGUGUUCUUGAUCUACUGGUUUGUCCUUUGUCCCCUAAUUUGGACCAUGGGCCUGCUAUUGAAGAGUUGGCCUUGGUUUUCUAUCUUCUGGACAGUCGCAUUUUUAAUCUGGGUCAUGAUCAUGUGCGUACUGAUAAUUCUUUGGAGACGUUUCUUAGCUAAACAAAGCUACGAAAUUAAUGCAAUCUCGAAGUACGGCUCGGGUAAGGAGAGGAGACCCCUGAACACUCAGCAGAUAUCACCUAAAGAUGCAGAAUUUCUCGAAUUGAAGAAGCGGAAUGAUCUUCAUGAUUCAGAAUCGAAGAAGAGCGAUCAAGAAUAUCUCAGGAGGGAUCUACCGCCUUUGGUGAUACAUAAACAAAUAUCUGGUGAAAACAUCGAGGACACCGCUGGAGUGGUGCGUGUCGAGGAAGAUGAGAAGACUCGCUUAAACAUCAUUAGUGAUUAUGCCGAGAAGAGUCCCUUGCAAAAUUAUCUGAAGUUGGUGUCUGUAUCACCCUCGGAGGAGGAGAUGGUGGUGAAAUCCCCGAAGUCGCCUAUGUCACCAAGAGAAUUAUUCUUUAUUGAUUUGAUCCGCGAAGCGGAUAGAGUUGAGAGCGCGAGGUCACUGAAGACGAGGUCGCAUUUCUUCCCGAGAGAAGCAACUGAGAACGAUAUGAAGAGAAGGACGCAUUUUUUCCCGAAUGAAACGACUGAGAACGAUAUCAUGACGAGAACGCAUUUCUUUUUGAGUGAAGCGAUUGCGAACGAUAAUGCGGAAAUCACGGAAGGUGAAAGGGAUGAAAAGGAUGUGGAGCGUCGAAAGAACAUGAAAGAUACAGAAGAUACGCAAGAUGAGAAGGAUAAUAAAUCAAAAUCAAAGCGCGAAUCAAGUUACUUCAUAGCCGAUGUGGAGAGUCCAACCAUUGAGAAAACAGAGGUUUUCCUUCAGAUUGAUUCUAACGUGGACGAGGAGACAGGAUUAACCGUGGAGAAACCGAUAUUAAUAUUACAAUCGAAUGAAGCAAAUAUGCGAGAUAAAAAUUAACGUUAAUUAAAUUAUCAUAGUCGAUUAAUUGGAGAGCAUGAGAAGUAUAUCUGAGUGAAAAAGGAGAUUGAAACUCUGUUCAAGAAAUUGCUGUGUAAAUAAAGGAUACUGGAAAUGAUAAAA